AUGGAACGUGAGCGAUGGCGGCACCACUUAGACUAUCUGACCAGUCUCCUUGGCUACAGCAUGGGCUCUGGAUCACUGGUCAAAUUCCCAUACUUAUGUAUGCGUAACGGUGGAGGAGCCUUCCUGCUACCUUACAUCUUUUUCACCUUUGUCGGCGCUAUUCCCUGCGUCUUCCUGGAGAUGGUUGUUGGUCAGUUCUCGCAAAGUGGUUCUAUCAACGUCUGGAAUAUGUGUCCACCGUUUAAAGGAAUUGGUGUUGGCGUUGCUCUGGUCACGUGGAUGUAUUUAAUCUGCUACCUACCAGUCUUCGCCUGGUUCAUGUACUACUUCUACCACUCGUUCCUCGACAAGCUGCCCUGGGACAACUGUGACCAGCCCUGGAACACCCCAGCCUGUGUGGCUGAUCUCGGCAUCAGGACUCACAACAAUACAGUAGCCAAUGUUACCCAUCUCCCACCAAAUGCAGUCAUUAACGUAACUCCUGGAGAUUCCUUCACAGCCCCAGGCAUGACUGCUGCGGAAGAAUUCUGGAGACUGCAGGUGUUACAGAUGACUGAUGGCCUGGAACACAUCGGAGGUAUACGCUGGCCCUUAGUUGGAUGUAUGGCAGUUACCUGUGUGGUGAUGUUCUUGUUCGCGUUUAAGGGAAUCAAGGUCUCCGGCAAGGUGGUGUACAUCACUGUAGGUGUUCCGCUCAUGCUCAUCCUAGUGUUCCUCGUCCAGGGAUGUCUUCUUCCGGGGUCUGCCGACGGAAUUUACUACUAUGUGUACCCUAAAUUCGAAAAGCUUAGAGCCCAGAGUAUAACAAAUGACCGUCCUCGUACGGGCAGAGCUCAAGUCACCGCUGCAGCCCAAGAUCGAGAUGCUAUACUUUCUGGCAUAGUCGAUAUGUUCGGGCUUAUCCUAACUGGCUUUGCGUUCUUUGCCAUCAUGGGCCAUGUUGCCUAUCAACUGGGAGUUCCUGUAGAGGCGUUUGAGUCAUCAGGUUUCAGCCUGGCCUUCAUUGUCUACCCACAAGUCGUGACUCAUCUUCCCCUGCCACAUGUCUGGUCUGUGCUGACAUUCCUGGCCCUGAUGACCCUUGAAAUUGACUCUCUGUUACCAGGACUGGAGAUCAUGCUUGGGGCCAUUGAGGACGCUUAUAGUGGAAUCGGCAAACGACGAAGUAUUGUCCUUUUCGUGAUUCUUCUGGGCGGAAUCUACAUCGUGACUCUGGUGGACUGGUACAACUACUUUCCUGCCAUAGGAGUGUUCGCCAUGCUGGAGUGCUUUGUUGUUAGUUGGUGCUAUGUUUUGUAA